AUGGUCCUUGAAGAAAAUACCGAGUCCGAAGAAACUGAAGAGGAGGAAAGAGAAGUCGAUGAGCCACAACCUAUGGCUCUCGAGGACAAGGAAAAGAACAAAAAAAUCGAUGUGAAGAAAGCGAAGUCGAUGAGCCACAACCCGUGGUUCUUGAGUAAAAGAAAGAGAAACAAGAAACUAAUAAGAAUAUCUAAAUAUAUAUAA